CACACACAUCUACCUUAUAACUGUUGUUAUUUAGUUUUGUUUAUUAUCCCAUUUAUGCCGCUGACCUUUCUUCUAUGCCCAUCUCUUCAUUUAUAAUUAAGUGCAUGUCCCUCUCUCUCUUUCUCUCUCUUUAUAUCCUUCUCUCUCUCUCCAUAGUUUUCUUUCUCUUCAUAUUGUGCUAUAUAAAUAAGAGGAAAAGCUACUACAGUCUUUAGUGUUAAUUAGUUUCCACUUGCAAAUGGGACGAUCACCAUGUUGCGACAAGGUAGGUUUAAAGAAAGGACCAUGGACUCCUGAGGAAGAUCAGAAGCUCUUAGCUUAUAUUGAAGAACAUGGCCAUGGAAGCUGGCGUGCCUUGCCAGCAAAAGCUGGACUUCAGAGGUGUGGCAAGAGUUGCAGACUAAGAUGGACCAAUUAUCUCAGGCCUGACAUUAAGAGGGGAAAGUUCAGUUUGCAAGAAGAACAAACCAUCAUUCAACUCCAUGCCCUCUUAGGAAACAGGUGGUCGGCAAUAGCCACACACUUGCCAAAGAGAACGGACAAUGAGAUCAAGAACUAUUGGAAUACGCAUCUUAAGAAAAGGUUAACCAAAAUGGGAAUUGACCCUGUGACACACAAGCCUAAAAACGAUGCACUUCUCUCUAGUGACGGCCAAUCCAAAACCGCUGCAAACCUCAGCCACAUGGCUCAGUGGGAGAGUGCUCGCCUUGAAGCUGAAGCAAGACUUGUAAGAGAGUCAAAAAUACGUUCACAUUCACUUCAGCAACAAUUUGGAAGUAGUUCUUCUACAUUUGCAUCUUCUUCUUCUGCAUCAACUUCAGCUUCAGCUCUCAAUAAUAAUAGUAAUAAUAAGCCGGAAGCACCCCCGCCACCGCCACCGCCGCCACCACCGUCGCCACCACCGUCGCGAUCUUCUCUUGAUGUUCUGAAGGCUUGGAAUAGUGGAGGGUGGCUAAAAUCUAAUGAAGGAAGCGGUGCCAUUGCAAGCAAUGUUGGGGUAAGUGGGGACCUUGAGUCUCCUACUUCUACACUAUCUUUCUCUGAGAAUGCACCACCAAUUAUGAAUGGAAUUAGAGGAGAAAAUAACAACAACAACAACAAUGAUAGUGCAAUGCCUAUGAUUGAGUUUGUGAGGAUUUCAGGCAAUUCUUCUUCUCUUGUGAAAGAAGAAGGUGAGCAAGAGUGGAAAGGUACUUAUGAUAGUUCCAUCACUACUUUUAGUUCUAGUCUGCAUGAGUUCACUAUGAACAUGGAAGGCACGUGGGCCUCUGAGUCCCUUAGGACUAGUGGCUCACAUGAUGAUGACAUUGUUGAAGAAGGCUUCACCAAUCUUUUGCUUAAAACAAACUCUGAGGACCCAAAUUUAUCAUCGGAGGGUGGGGGACAGUCUAACAAUGACGAUGGUGGCGAUGGAAGCAAUAAUGAUUUUUAUGAAGAUAACAAUAAUUAUUGGAACAGCAUUCUCAACUUAGUGAAUUCUUCCCCUUCUCAUCCCCCUAUGUUCUAAUGUUUGUUGGGAAUGGAUCAUCCCAGGUUGAAUUUUCACCUAAUUUUGUGAGGUGAAAAUUUUGUGUUUAUCUCUAGCUUCAUAAGUGUUUACAAAAAUUUUAUAGGGCUAAGCUUAUUUUAUGCCUAAGAAGAAAGAGAUAAAUGCAAUUUCACGUGAACAAGGUGAAGUGAAAAUUCAAAAUACAACAGGAUUUAUUUGCGUGUUGAAAAGGGUAUGUGUGAGUCACAUUUAGGCAGCAUAUUUCCUCAAAAUCAAACCCAAGUCAGCAGUGGUUGAUUUUCUUCCCCAUCACCAUAAAAGCGAACAUGCUCACAGAAACAUGUGGAUUCCAUAGAGUGGUUUUUGAUGAUGCUUUAACAGAGACUCUUUUUUUUUUCUUCCCUUGGAAAUGUGUUAUUGUAAUUCUCUGAUAGCUUGUUUUGAAAAACAGCUUACUUGGUUGGUCGUUUACACCAUCAAAUGUUCAUAUCAAUUUGUUUGGAUUUGGCUUUGAUUUUGAUCUGUUUCUGUAGUCUUUGGAUUUCUCUGAGUGGAGGAUAUGCUUGGAUCUCUACUAGUCAAACUGAUACUAGACAAGAGGGUGUGCGAAUUAAAUGACUUUUACGCCAAGUAAUUAAUUUUCCGGUGUUCAAACUGUAUACAAAAAAAAAAAUCAAUGAAGGAAACAUUUAGUAUGGA